AUGAAGGAGGAUUCUUUAGGUACAAGCGAACUACUGACCACGAAGUUACAGGAAACGGCGAGGUUCGAGCAAGUCGAACCAGCGGCGGUAGAAGAGCCACUCACGACGAAAGCACCACUCGAGUUCGAGAUGAAUGAUGAUACGCAAGGGGAUUUUCCAUGUUAUUUUUACCAGGUUUCCCUACCGGCUAUUGAUAUAUUGUUACAGGAGGCCCACCUAAGAGAUCGAGGCAUCGAAGGAGGUGUCGUCGAAGCUCUCGCAGUCAGCAUAGACGUACAUCGAUUGUUAGACGAGUGGUUCAUAUCGAAAGUUCCACUCGAGUUCGAAGUGGUAAGACUUGAAGAGCUUACGAAGUCUGCAAGGGUAGAAGACAAGGCAGUCGCAACGCUCGUGAGCAGCGUCGAGGCAGAGAAGUUGGUAUACGAGGGGAGUACUGACUCACAGGGAUACGAACUUUUACAGGGUAUCGACGAGGUUCCAAGCUACGAAACGCCGACAGUACGAAGGUUCGGAUCAAGACGAUCCACAAUCGAGUCCCUCCAGAAAGAUAUUUACCUUGUCAUCGGUGCAAGCGGUUUUGGAAGUCGACAUAUUGUCGAGCACCUGGCAAGAGCAGACGCUAUCUCCGUGUUAGAUGUCGUACAGAGACACCGUGAUGUCUCGUUUUAUAUGGGAGACACUACAGGCAGACGGGACGUGUUGGAUGUAUUGAAAAAGUCGGGCGCUACAUGUAUCGCACCCGAACUAUCAUCGUCGCAGCCAUUGCAGCUGGAGUCCUGUAUCAGCACAGUCGAACCCGCAUCCAGAUCGGUGACAACAAUGAUAUGUUCGAUUAUACCUACAUCGGGAACAUCACCUCAGCCCGCCUAUAAACAGCCUUGCGCCUCUACCACGUCGAGCGAAUCCAAACUAGAGUCCGAAAGUGCUACAGCAAAACUCAACGAAUCUCUACACUGUGCUCUCCCUCCCAUAUUUGUCACAACUGAAUAUCACCGCACACCACACAGCUCUGCGCAGCCGCUCGGUCCCUAUGUCACACCACCUGACGCCGGAUCCAUCCUACCUGCGUUCAACUCCCCGUUCGACCCACAUGAACUCGAGCAUCCCACUAUCCGUUCUCAAGUUGAUGGAAAAGCGUUCUUCAUCGCAAAUGGAGAGUCGGAUUACUUCUGGGACGUUACAAGAAUAUGCGACGAAGGCGAGCGAAGACAAUCGUGUUUAAAAGUACAAGGGAUAUACGAACGACUACAGAGACGACAGGAGCACGAGCGACAGCGCAACCGUUCCCCGCAGAACGAUGGUCGUUUGAAGCAAGAGCAGACGUUCGAUGGAGCAGAGGCAUAG